CACACACACACAAACCCACACAUGUUACACUCUCAUUCAAUGUGACAUGACAUGAUAGUCACCUGAUUUUUUUAUGUAUAUUCACAGAAGAGUAUCUAUCUGGGUACCAGCAGUACCACGCUGGGGGGCCAUGAUGGGGAGGCCCUAUGAAACGGCCCUCUCCAAGGCGUUGAGGGUGCGGCCCUAUGAAACGGCCCUCUCCAAGGCGUUGAGGGUGCGCUCAUUUUUGGGCAACAAGGCUGGCGGUAUUUGGCGGGAAAGGGGCGAUCUUCGACCCACUGAGGCCAAGGGGUGCUGGAGCUGCAGAGCACGAGGUGCCAGACAGAGUCCCACUGAGCGCGAGGGGCCUGAUGGAGCUGCAGAGCACGAGGUGCCAGACAGAGUCCCACUGAGCGCGAGGGGCCUGAUGGAGCUGCAGAGCACGAGGUGCCAGUCAGGGAACCCUGCAGAGUCCUAGGGGCCAAACAGAGAACCCUGCAGAGCACGAGGUGCCAGACAGAGAACCCUGCAGAGUCCUAGGGGCCAGACAGAGAACCCUGCAGAGCCCGAGGGGUGCUGGAGCUGCAGAGCACGAGGUGCCAGACAGAGAACCCUGCAGAGCACGAGGGGCCAGACAGAGAACCCGAGGGGCCAGACAGAGAACCCUGCAGAGCCCGAGGGGCCAGACAGAGAUUUUAAUUAUUUAGAUUAGAUUAGAUUAGAUAGAUUAGGGAGGACGCCAAUACGGCGUAAGCCUUGUCCAGCUGUGGGUUGUGCUUACCACAGCUCACGGCUGGACAAGCAUAUAGAGGGACACCGAGAGCUGACCCCUGCGCAGCGGGCGGACCUUUUAAAGGCGGCCAAACUAAAGAAAGCCCUCGGCCUGCUGGCGGAGCUUAGGGCCACCAACCCAUCUGUGCCGAUGGCCACAGCUCUGGACCUCUCCUAGGAGGAAGACCAGGCGGGGGAGGCACGCCAUUUCCAACGGGAGGAGGAGGCAGGGGAGAACUUGGCCUUUCGCCGAGAGGUCCAGACUUACUGGGCCAAAGUUUCGACGAGAGGACCAGCUGCAGGUACCAUCCGUGCUGGUAACUCCCGCCAACUGCCCAUCAACAUCUGGGCAACAAGGGCUGGCGGGGCAUUUGGCCGGAAAGGGGCGCUCUUCGAGCCUGAGGGGCAUCAAGUUCCCUCAGUCUAUUGGUAAGAUUAACCUUCUAAUACUGUUCCGGUCCAAAAUGACCGAUUUACACAUUCCCUGUACAAUAAAUAGGGCAUUUUUCAUCAGAUUGCCUCAAGAAGUUAUCUUCACAAAAGGCAUUUGAACGCAUACAAUUCAUUGUGACACAGACACACACACCUAUGAAACGGCCCUCUCCAAGGCGUCAAGAGUGAGGCCCUAUGAAACGGCCCUCUCCAAGGCGUUGAGGGUGCGGCCCUAUGAGACGGCCCUCUCCAAGGCGUCAAGAGUGAGGCCCUAUGAAACGGUCCUCUCCAAGGCGUCAAGAGUGAGGCCCUCUCCAAGGCGUCAAGAGUGAGGCCCUAUGAAACGGUCCUCUCCAAGGCGUUGAGGGUGCGGCCCUAUGAAACGGUCCUCUCCAAGGCGUUGAGGGUGCGCUCAUUUUUAUUUUAUUUGUCGGAAGGGAAAACCGACCUGUGGUCAUGGCGGUUCAUGGAUGACCACCAAAAAAUUCAGGAAUGGGCGGCCCACGUGGAGGCGUCCAACCGGGCUGUGACCACAGCAGAUUUUUACCUACGCAACGCCGCCCAGUUCCUCCAGUACUUCUCGGAGACGCCGCCGAGACACAGCCGCCUGUCAGCCGUGCAGGUGGUGGCGAUGCGGCGUACUCUGAAGAAGGUGUUGGCGGACCUCAGAAAGAAGGUGGUCCUGAGGCAGGUGGAGGUCAAGGCGGCAAAGAUGGACAGGAUCAUCUUUGCAAAAAACAUGUUGCGCUGCCGGGAGGUGGCGAGACACAGCCGCCUGUCAGCCGUGCAGGACCCCACAACCCCGAACCGCAACCGUUUUUACGGUUACCUCGUGGCCUUUGUGGUCGCGCUCUACGGCCACCGCCCAGGAGUCCUAGUCAUGACGACAAUGAAUGAGUGUUCAGUGUGUGGCCGCGUCUACACGGCCAUGUCCUAUCACUUGGUCACACGGCAUUUGGUGAUAAACACAGAGGAGCGGGCGAUUCUGCUAAACUUGGCGUCAGGGAGGACGCCAAUAAGGAGUGACCCUUGUCCAGCUGUGGGCUGUGCAUACCACAGCUCACAGCUGGACAAGCACUUAAAGGGCCACUCAGAGCUGACCCCUGCGCAGCGUGCGCGACUUUUGAAGUCGGCCAAGGAGAGGAAAUCCCUCAGACUGCUGGCAGAUCUGAGGGCCACCAACCCGUCUGUGCCAAUGGCCACAGCGCUGGACCUCGCCCAGGAGGAAGGCCAGGUGGGGGAGGCACCCCAACCCCAACAGGAGGCACCGGGGGAGGAGGAGGAUGUUGGCGAAGAGACCUGGGCUCUUAGCCAAGAGGUCCGCAGUGUCCGGGCCAAAGUGGCGACGCUGACUCGGGCACUGGCGAGUGCCCGGCGGUGGGGGAGGCUGCAAUCCUUGCAUCUCAGGCGGGCCACCGGGCCCCCAUCUUUGCCUCCCCUGAUGGCUGGACAGGGGAGGCGGAAGGCCCUCGGGCUGCGUGGCUAGAGCUGACAGAGGAGUAUAAAUGUCCAUAUUGCAGUUACACCACCAAUGUCUUGUAUAAGAUGAGACUUCACCUGGAUAACCACAUGCAGCUUGCUGUGCGAUUCAAAGGGGUUUUCAUCUGUAAAUGUAGCCGGGCUUGCCGGACGUCUGCCCAUUUUCACUGCAUUCAGUGCAAUGCCACAAUCAUAUGAAAGGACCAGUUUCUACUGCAUAUUAACAGUCACCAAUCACCACCCCGUGCACCAGCCGCCACCAUCACAGUCUCCAGGUCCUGCACCAGCCGCCACCAUCACACAGUCUCCAGGUCCUGCACCAGCCGCCACCAUCACACAGUCUCCAGCCUCUGCACCAGCCGCCACCAUCACACAGUCUCCAGGUCCUGCACCAGCCGCCACCAUCACACAGUCUCCAGCCUCCGCAGUUCCACCGCCUCCACCUCCUCUCAUUCGCAAGAACAGAGAAACAGUAAUGUGUCCACACUGUAGUCAAGUUGUCAACAGGAGAAAUUUGCGAGUACAUCUCCUGAGAAAAAAAAGGUGGAGGAAAUUUAAACCUACCCUGCCUACUGAUGACACCAUCAUCCUGGAAAAGGACAGGAAGGAGGCAGGAGGCAGUCCAGUUUUUUGUUUAUGAGUUAAUGCUUUAAUUUCAUUGUUUGU